GAAAAGGUUCUGGAAAGGUUCACGUCACUCGCUGCCGCGUUUGCUCGACUUUGCUCCAAUCUGCCAGCAAGAUGCCUUUCGUCGAGCUGCUCAGCAACCUUCCGUCCAGCAGCUUCUCCGAUGAGUUCGUUCGGAAGCUCGGCUCUUGCAUCGCCGCUGCUCUGGGGAAGCCGGAGGAAAGAAUGAACGUGGUGGUGAAGCCUGGAGUGCUGAUGCUAGUCGCUGGCUCCAGCUCUCCUUGUGUGAUUCUUUCCGUGUCAGCCAUCGGUGCCACUGACACCGCUGACAAGAACAAAGAACACAGCGCCAAGAUCUUCGACUUUCUCACCCGAGAACUGAACUUGAGUGAAGAUCGAAUAGUGGUCCAGUUCCAUAGCCUGCAGCCCCAUCAGGUGGGAAAGAACGGGACGGUGAUGAGCUUCAUGUGAGCCUGUGGUGUGGUGUCCACUGUGUUCUACAGUUGUUAGAGUAGAACCAUGUCACUACCCAGGUGAGACUGCGAUGUUCAUUUAGCUUCCUGCUGACUGGUCUGCGAGAUAUCUGUACUUUAACUAUUUUGGUGGUUUAAAUAGUCACAAUAUCCUGUUUCUUGUGAUGAAUGGGAUUUUUUUUUACCAUGCUAUGAAGAGCUGUUUUGUGUCAUGCUGUGAAAAUCACCCUGAGACAUUUACGCUUGGAGUCAUGUCCAUUUUCUGAACAUGGCAGCCUCAUCAAACCAAUUUCACAUCAUGUGAAUUUCACCUCUAUUUCACAUUCAUCUAUAUAUUCGGAGAAUAAUCAUUAAUUCUGGAUGACAGUGGUUAUUGAAUAUCCUCAAUAAAAAUGACUGUUUUCCUGGCAUGUGUGUUUUUACUAUUUUUACGGUCUGCCAUUUCCGUGGUUUAAGGUUUAUUCAAGGCUUGUUGUUAUCUUCGUUUCAUAGUACAGGUGAAGUUGGAGUACUGGUGGGUUCUUUUAUAACUUGGAUCCUGGCACCAUGGUUAUCUAAAAGAAUUUUAGAAUUCUUCUAAUUUUAAUGCAUACUCUUCAUGUUUGAAGGAAUAUGUUGAUUGAGUACCGUAACCCUUGGCAGCACAUGGCCAUCCGCUGACAUGGGUCUAAAAUGUUCUGGUUGAGGGUAGCAAAUAAUUACUAUGCCGUUUGUCUCAUAGUGCCACCAUCACCACUACUACAACAACAACUAGGACUGGAAAGGCUCUCGUGGUGUGAGAUAUCACUUGCUUCAAGCAUUGUCUGGUUUAAGCCUUCCAGGUUAUCUAUUGGACAUGUUGCACGCCUGCUGUAUUAACCCAAAAACUGACUGACCGAUGGGACAGUACCACCACAGCUUUCCAGAGUCAAGUGCCACAGCCAUGGUGCUACAUGAAAUUCUAAGGUCAUGCUGAGAUACAUGUUCUGAAACAUUUAAAACGUAUUAUAAUUACUGUCACUUAUUAUUAUUCACACUUUUUUGAUCGCACAUUAGGUGUCAAUAGCAGGAUUCAAAAGGAGCAGGAUGAAGAAAAGUUCUCUUAUUUGUGUCUGCAUUAUUCCAGAGGAUGUGUGGGAGAGUCUUUUGGUUAGUGUCACUAAGAACGAGUUGGUGACUGAAUCACUCAGUUAGAUUCACAUUUUGCUUCGAGCUGCCAUAUCUCUUGACUUGGUAAAAUACAGCCAUGAUUUAUUUCCGCCCUUAUUUUGGCGGCUUGAGAUUGAUGAAUAGUUUUUGCUGUUAUUUUUAGACGAUUAAUGAGCACAACUCUCAAUCACUCAGUCUCCAAUCCUC